GACCCCGGAAGUAUUGUGUGUGUCCCGCACGUGGGCUGCUGUGUGUGCGGGAGGGAUGGCGGAUUCGGGCGCAGCCGGCGGACAGCUCAUCAGCGAGGGGGAUUACGUGGUGCUGAAGAGAGAGGACGUAUUUAAAGCGGUCCAGGUGCAGAGGAGGAAAAAAGUAAUAUUUGAAAAGCAAUGGAUAUUCUUGGAUAACGUCAUUGGUAAACAUUACGGCACAGUGUUUGAGAUAACCGGAGGCGGAAAUCUUCAGACCAAGAGUAAUGUGGUAGCUUCCGCAGAGCCUAAGGAAGCAGGUGCCGACAACCGUAAUAUAGUUGACGAUGGCAAAUCCCAAAAGCUGACGCGGGAAGACAUCGAGGCUCUGAAGGAAAAGGGCAUCAAAGGCCAGGAAAUUGUCCAGCAGCUGAUCGAGAACAGUGCAACUUUUCGUGACAAGACUGAAUUCGCACAAGAAAAGUAUAGAAACAAAAAGAAGAAAAAGUAUGAAGCUAGUAUUACAAUUUUAAAGCCUUCCACCCGUAUUCUUGCCAUAAUGUACUAUGCAAGGGAACCUGGAAAAAUCUGUCAGCUCCGAUAUGACACAUUGGCCCAGAUGCUCACAUUAGGAAAUAUCCAUGCAGGCAGUAAAGUGCUAGUCAUGGAAACAUGUGCUGGUUUAGUUCUGGGAUCGGUAAUGGAGCGCAUGGGAGGAUAUGGAUCUGUAGUUCAGAUGUACUCAGGUGGUGGACCUGUCAGAGCCGCAACAGACUGCUUUGGGUUUCCGAAGUCUUUCUACGAAACACUGUAUGAGUUUCCUCUCAUCAAACUUGAUGCUUUGAUCUCUGGAACUGGGCAUUACUCUUGUCAGGUUAUUCCUGCUGAGGAGAAUGCAGAAAAGACUGAUGAAGAAAGCAGCAGGUCAGACUGUGAAAAACAAGAAGCUUCUCGAGAUGUUGUUGGGGACUGUAUAGCUGAAGAAUCUGAAGAAAGUAUGGAAACUAGUCGACCAGAAAAUGAAGAAGGGUUGAAAAGUUGUGGAAAUGUCUCAGCAAACCACAAAGGAAGUCGGAAUCUCGACAAGGAACAAUUUGCCAUAGAAAAGAAGCGUAAACAAGAUGAGAGGAGAAAGAGGGAGUCAGAAGCGGCAAAGCUGUUACAAGACAGAAAUGCUGAUGGGCUCAUUAUAGCCUCUCGAUUCCACCCUACACCUCUGCUACUUACAUUGCUAGAAUUUCUUUCUCCUUCGAGGCCUUUUGUUGUCUACUGCCAAUAUAAAGAGCCUCUCCUUGAAUGUUAUACGAAACUUAGAGAAAAAGGUGGCGUGAUUAACCUCAAGCUCUCGGAGACCUGGCUACGGCAUUAUCAGGUCCUGCCAGACCGAAGCCACCCGAAAUUGGUGAUGAGCAGUGGAGGAGGUUACAUACUCCAUGGUAUCACUGUAGCUAGAGACACAACAAAGGCCAACAAAAGUUCUCCAGAAGGAACCGAAGAACCAGCACCAAAAAAGCUGAAAGUUGCAGAAGACACAAGUUAAAUGUUAUUUUCAGUUUCAUGAGACCAACACCAAAACAUCAGCACGCAGAGGAUUUUUUUUUGUCCCCCUCAUUUUAUACAUUUUGGUUGCUAAUGUCCAUUUGUUUUUUUGUUUUUUUUUAGUGGUCAUAGUGUCAAAAUACAGUUUGUUUUGUACACAAA